GGCGGCGGGGGGCAGUGGUGGGAUAAUGGCGGCCGCCGCGGCAUCUUCCUCCGCCAUUUCUGCCCUCCCUUCUCCUUCCUCCUCGCAGCCCCUCUACCUCCUCCUCCUCUCCAGGCCGCCGACACCAUCCCGCCUCCGCCUCCGCCUCCACCUCCACCUCCGACACACGCACCUCCUCCCCGUCCGAUCCCGCCCGCAUCGACCCUCCACCCGCUGCUGCUGCUCCUCCGCCGCGGCGUCCUACAACGGCUGGGCCGACCUCCCGGCCGCCGACGACCCGCUGGGCCUCCCCUUCCUCCGCAUCACGCAGCAGUCCCUCGCCGCCGCCCCGCUCCUCCUCCUCCUCCCGGUCGCCGCGCUCUCCCUCUCCCGCCUCCCGCCCGCCCCGCUCCUCGCCGCCGUCUUCGCCGCCGGGUUCGCCACCGCCAGGCACCUCGCCCCGGCCCCCGGCGCCUCCUCCACCCACCGCCUCGCCGCCCUCCUCGCGGAUCUCGACGCCCGCCUCCUCUCCCUCAAGGGCCGCCUCCUGGCCUCGGCCCCCGCCGAUGGUGACCACGACGACAUCGAGCCCCUCGACCGCGCCCGCGAUGCGCUCCUGGAGUGCGCGGCAGCCGUGGCCGCCGGCCAGGGCCAGGGCCAGGGCAGCAGCAGCAACGCCGGCGGCGCCGCUCCGGACGACGGGGCGCUGCAGGACGUGGCCAGGGAGGUCGCCGGCUACAUCGGCGGCUGGGCCAAGGCCGCCCUGCGGGAGCUCAGCUUCGCCUCGCCGCGGAAGAAACCCGCCAAGGCCGUCGCCCCUGAUGCUUCUACGGCCGAUGCCAAGAGUAAUUCAGGCUCUGCUGUAGCUCAGCAGGGGGAUGGGGAAAACAAGCCAGCUGAUUCAGCGGCCGUCGGUAGCGCCCGGCCGCUCGACAUGCUGCCGUUUGAUGGCAAGGAUGCUGCCAGUGGGUUUGAGGAUGCAGGGUUCAGUUCUGAGAGCGGGCAGGAAGACGACGACCGGCUGGAGAGGCUGGUGUCCAAGCACAGGUAUGGCCGCGGCGGCAGGGUGCCAAAUGAUGGUCCAUUUCAAGAAGGCGGCAGGUUCGCCGCCGCUGAAUCCGCCGAGUCCUCCUUGCUGGAGAGGACACUCGAGAUCCGGGACAGGUCGUACAGGUUGAAGAUCGAGCGCCGAGAUGGCGGUGAGAGCCGAGUGAGUGGAGCACGGGGGAUGCCGGCUGAUGAAUUCGUGGGUAGCGCUGCCGCCAGUGUUGAGGAACAACCACUUACAGAUGAUGAUGAGGGUGGUGCCGGUGUGGGUUCAGAUGCUGAAGAGUUUGGCCGCAACGUUAAGGAGGCUGCUGAGAUCUUGAGGAAGGCGAGGGAAUGCAUGAUGGCCAGGGACGACGAAGAGGCCGCGGACGCGUUGCUCUAUAGGUCAGCAAGGCUUCUGUCCACCGCCGUGGCUUUGAGGCCGACAAGCCUGGUAGCGGUCGGUCAGCUAGGGAACACCUACCUCCUCCAUGGGGAGCUCAAGCUCAAGAUUAGCCGAGAGCUGAGGACGCUGCUGGCCAACAGCGGGGCUUAUAUUAACGGAGGAGAGCGUGUCUCACGGUCCAGGAAGCUUGAUAGAAGGAUCCUUAACAGAGAGAACAUUUCGUCUGCGCUGGUGGGCGUUUGUGAGGAGUGUGAGAGUCUCCUUGUUGAGGCAGGCAGAAGCUAUAGGACGGCUGUGUCAAUUGAUUCGGGCGACGUCAAGGCGCUGUACAAUUGGGGACUCGCGCUUAUCUUUCGUGGUCAACUGCUUGCUGACAUCGGACCGGAAGCAGCAGUUGAUGCUGAUCGGGUGUAUUUGGCUGCAAUCGACAAGUUUGAUGCCAUGUUAUCCAAAAGCAACACUUAUGCUCCAGAAGCUCUCUACAGAUGGGGCAGCGCUCUGCAGCAGCGAUCCCAGUUGCGCUCUCGGAACAACAAGGAGAAGAUAAGGCUGCUGGAGCAGGCAAAGAGUCUGUUUGAAGACGUACUGUAUGUUGAGGGCAACAACAAGAUGGUACGGGAGGCUCUAUCGUCGUGCAUAUCAGAGCUCAACUACCAUGGACGAUGGCUACAGUGAACUGGCAUGGGGAGUGCCAUUAGUCGUGUGCUGUAUUAGGGUUGAAGACAGAGAUGAGUGAAAUAAGAUGAAGCGAGCUGUAUGUAUGAACCGAAAUCCUUCACCACGACGAGAAAGUCGCUCCUGUACACUAUUUGAGUUGAAAGGCUUAGCAUUUCAACAGGAAGGAAGAACCUUCGCAGAUGAGCUUUGCAUGUGAAUAACAAGGAUCCCAGAAUUAGUUUAAGAAA